AUGUUCUCGCAGAUCAAAGGCAGGGGCCUCACUAGGGGCAUUACCAUUGCCUGUGGUGCUGGUUUCUUCCUGUUUGGUUAUGAUCAGGGCGUCUUUGGUGGAAUUCUCACCAACCAAAACUUCCUCGACACCUUCAAUAACCCCGAUGCCACCAUCCAGGGCCAGAUCACGUCGACCUACUACCUGGGUGCCAUCUUCGGCGCCAUCCUGUCACGCUUCAUAGGUGACAGGAUUGGUCGUCGCAAGGCUAUCAUGCUAGGGUGCACAUUUCUCACCGUUGGCGGCCUGCUGCAGGCCACCGCCAGCACGCUCGUACACAUGAUCAUUGGUCGUAUUGUCGGUGGCUUUGGCACCGGACUCAACACCACGGCCAUCCCCAUGUGGCAGGUUGAAACGUGUAAACAGCACCAUCGCGGCCGUCUCGUCAUCAUGGAACUGGUGCUCAACAUCUUCGGUAUCGCCGUGACUAGCUGGAUGAACUACGGCUUCACCUGGCUGCCUCACGACUCUGUCUCGUGGCGAUUCCCGCUGGCCUUUCAGUCGUUCUGGUCUAUCGUGACUUUCAUCUUCACCAUCAUCAUGCCCGAAUCCCCGCGUUGGCUUGUCUCGCGUGGCCGCCAGGAGGAGGCCAAACUCAUUCUCGCCCGACUGAUGAGCCUGGACGUAGACGACCCGGAAGUCACCAAAGUGCUGCGCAUCCUCACCCUCACCGUGACCCAUGAGGUCGAAAAUGAAACCGCGGCGCUGUCGAGCAUCCUGCAAAACGGCCGUGGCCAGAACCUGCGCCGUAUCCUGCUGGGCGCGGGCCUCGCGCUGAUGCAGCAGGCCUGCGGCGUCAACAUCAUCGCCAAUUACCUGCCCGUCGUGCUCACCAAGUCUGUCGGACUGUCCGAUCGCCUCGCCCUCGUCCUGUCGGCCGUGUACAGCCACGCACUCACCAUCUGGGCAACGACGUCGAUGCUGGCGAUCGACUCGCUCGGCCGCAAGCCACUACUGCUGGCGGGCGCCAUGGGCCAGGGCAUUGCCUUUUUCAUGAUCGCCGUCGGCGUGCGCAUCGGGAGCUACAACAUGUCCAUCUUCACGGUGGUGUUCAUCUUCGUGUACAACUUCUUCUUUGGCACCUCGUUCCUCUCGAUCCCCUGGCUGUAUCCGGCCGAGAUCAACUCGCAGUCGAUGCGCAACGUAGGCACGUCCAUCUCGACAGCAACCAACUGGGUCUUUGUGUAUGUGAUUGUGCUGGUGACGCCGCUGGGCAUUGAAAAGCUGGGCUGGCGGUUUUACCUCAUGUUUGGCUUCUUCAACCUCGCGUUUGUGCCCUUUUUGUGGCUGUUCUAUGUCGAGACGGCGCGGCUGUCGCUCGAGCAGAUUGACCGGCUGUUUGAGGUGUUUUCGAUUGCGCAAGACCAGGACAACCAGAGCAUCUCGCUGGCGCAGGCGAGAAAGCAGGUCUUGCUGGAGGCGGAGGUUGUCGGCAACGCCAACGGGAAGGGGCUGGCCGCGCAGACACUGGCCACCAAGACCGACACUAUUCAGCUGGAGGAGAUGUAA